GAAUGGGUGGUUUUCAAAGCAAGAUACAACAAAACCUACACAGGAGAUGAUGACGUCAUCAGGCGCUUUAUUUGGCAGUCCAACCUGAGGACUAUCGAAGAGCACAAUGAAUUGUACGCGAAAGGAUUGAAGAGUUACUAUCUCGGGGAGAACAAGUAUGCAGACUUGGUGAGUUUUAGUAAUUCUGUCAUCAAAUGGUCAUUAAACACAAAAGUAUAUGAAACAGGGAUAUGUACGUCAAACAACGACAAAGUUUAGACAGGAACGAGGCCUCAUGAUUCAAACUGUCCUCCAGGCCUGAUAAUGAUAUUGGGAUACCUAAUGACACUAAUGUGUCUCUUUCGAUUAUUUCUAGUCACCGCUUGGAAAUGUUAAGGUCACUUACAGAGAUAAUUAAAAUCAUUUUGCAUGAUAAAAGGUAAGGAGAUUCUUCAUCAACUUCUGUAAGGUUGUGUUAAGUAGCGCAUCCAGGUCGUUGUUGCUACGGUGAGCGAAACUUCUAAUAAAUGGCCCACACACCAAGAUAGAACGUUCAACACAUAAAAUUGAUUAUGAUUGCAUCAACUUAUUUAUAUAUAUUUAUUUAUUUAUUUAUAAUAACUUUAAAAAAUAAAACAAAGUGUGACUGCCCCUGAGCCCUUUCUUCUUCUUCUUUUUCUUCUUCUUUUUCUUAUGCCGUUUGACCCCGUCAGGGCAUAGGCCGUCCACAAGAACAUUCCUCUCACCACAGUCCUGGGCUUUCCUCUCCAGUUGUUUCCAGGUGUAUCCCAUAUUUUGCGUGUCUGCCUCUAGCCACGCGUCUCCGUGUGUUCUUUGGCCUUCCUCUCUUUCUUUUUCCCUGUGGAUUCCAUGGAUUCAUUUUGGGUUUCUGAGCCCCAUUCCCAGAAAAAUUUUUUUGAUCAAUUUAAAAUGCAUGGAUGCAUUUUGAUGCACAAAUGAGUUAACUCUAAAUUUCAUCGGGGAGCCACUAAAGCGAUGCUAGUGGAAAUUUAGGUUCCUUUGAAUUGGACCUGCGUGUGAUAAUACAAACGAAAGUCUCUGGUCAUCAAAAACAUAGAGAAGUUGAUGGCGGUCUCUAAAACCAGGAAGAAAUGUUGUGUCAAGAAGGUCAGGUAUGGUGCCCUUGUUGUGUCAAGAAGGUCAGCUAUGGUGCCCUUGUUGUGUCAAGAAGGUCAGGUAUGGUGCCCUUGUUGUGUCAAGAAGGUCAGGUAUGGUGCCCUUGUUGUGUCAAGAAGGUCAGGUAUGGUGCCCUUGUUGUGUCAAGAAGGUCAGGUAUGGUGCCCUUGUUGUGUCAAGAAGGUCAGGUAUGGUGCCCUUGUUGUGUCAAGAAGGUCAGGUAUGGUGCCCUUGUUGUGUCAAGAAGGUCAGCUAUGGUGCCCUUGUUGUGUCAAGAAGGUCAGGUAUGGUGCCCUUGUUGUGUCAAGAAGGUCAGGUAUGGUGCCCUUAAAGAUGACCGCUUAUGCGGUACAAAGACCAAUCAUUAUUUGUGUGUCCCUGAAUAUUUGUGAUUACUUAUCAAGCAAUUUGAUAGCAUCUCUUUCUUUUAUCUUGUCAGACUUCGGAAGAAUUCUCCAGGAGUAUGAAAUGUUACAAUAACCUGGAAAACCUAGAGCAGGGGUCGGGAACCUUUUUGUCUGAGAGAGACAUGGACACCACAUAUUUUGAAAAGUAAUUCUGUGAGAGCCAUACAUUGUGUUUAAAACUAAAAAUUCAAGAAAAUGUGUGCACUUUGUCUAAUUUCAACACUAAAAAUACAAUAAUUAUGUCUCUGAAUUCUUUUUAAUAACAUUGUUAUGCUGUUGCUAAUCAAUAAUGAGUAUUUCCUACCAUUAAUGCGACUUUUUUUUAAUAAUCGAACAUUUGUCUGCGAGCCAGAUGCAGCCAUUAAAAGAGCCAUAGGUUCCCGACCCUUGACCUAGAGCAACUUUUGCCAGUGGUCAGUGGCAUGUAUAAGGGUAUAUUAGUGGACAGCGUGGACUGGAGAACAAGGGGCGCUGUGACGGGUGUCAAAGAUCAAGGUUUAUGCGGAUCUUGUUGGGCUUUCUCCACCAUUGGCUCGGUUGAAGGUCAACAUUUCAAGGCCACCGGAAGUCUCGUUUCACUUUCAGAAUCAAAUCUUGUUGACUGUUCAACGGGUAAGCUGAAAAUAUUUCUAGAGAAACUUAAAGGUAGUAACGUAACUAUUUAUUAUAACUUUCUUUUUAAAAUUGGUAAUGCAGACGUUAUUGGGUGUGAUCGGGAGCGGGUGGGGGGAUAUGGAUCGUUGCAGGUGACGCCUUCCGAGGGGGUGACACCAAACGAAAAAUUAACGAAUUUGAAAAUGCUUACCUUGGGUUCGUUUCACAUCAGGUCUACAUUAGAUAAUAGAGCCAACACAAGCAGUGGGCCACUGGAGAAGGUUCGCCCCCAGAGGAUGUUGUGUUUAGAGCAGUUGGCCCCCAGAGGAUGUUGUGACUAGAGUAGUUGGCCCCCAGAGGAUUUUAUGUCUAGAGCAGUUGGCCCCCAGAGGAUGUUAUGUCUAGAGCAGUUGGCCCCCAGAGGAUGUUGUGUCUAGAGCAGGUGGCCCCCAGAGGAUGUUGUGUCUAGAGCUGGAAGACUCUAAGGCGUGCUGUAUUUGUAUUGGCAGUUGUGCUACAUUUACCACUAUCAAUGUAAAACUUAUUUUAUAAACUUAUAUUUGAAGAAGAACAUUUGUGUGAUAUAUUUCAAAACGAGGAGACACUUCUCUUUUUACAACAGCUAACUUGGGCUGUAACGGUGGCUCGAUGGAGAAAGGAUUUCAAUAUAUUAUCAAUAACGGAGGAAUCGAUACAGAGUCAUCUUACCCUUACACUCCCCAGGUAGGUUCUAGUUACAGACCCCAGAUAUGUCCCACUUACCGUGACAGGCCCCUGAUGUGCUCUAAUUACCCUUACAGAUUCUAAUAUUACAUUAAGAAAUGGCAUCAGCGGGCCGUCGAGCUUGCGCUCUUUAUGCCCUCCCCGAAACACCCCUCCCCAACCCGGUAUCGGGCCGCGGAGCGGCACGUCGAGGAUGUCCCUUUGUCAGGACGGCCCCCACCCGAGUCUGCUCGACCAGGUCUCCACCGGGGGCCGUCUCAACCCAAAGACACCCGGUCGGUCCGACACUAUGUUUGCAUACAGUGCACACGAUCGACUUUUUCAGGAGUCGGGAUGGAAAAAUGUACGUCCUAAUAUCUUCCCCCACCCAUCCCGGGGAAGCGUUAGACGCCCUAUAAGAGGGGUUCCACAGUGGGUUUCCACAACGCAACUAAUUCGCGAUGUAGCUGGGACGAAACGGUUGCCUUGGAGCAGCUUCUCAGGGCUGCGUAGUAAGAAUCAUCGGCUAGAGGUUACCACCUUCGCCUCUCGCCUCAUAUCCAUUAACGGCAACUUGUAAUCAUGAUCCCUACCCUGUCUCUGCCUAUUUUUCCAGCUGUGAAGUAUCACAAAUGGCAGCCCUGUAGGAGCUCCAGUUGACAAGCCUGUGGUGGCUUGUCGAUUAGGAGGCGUCGGCCACCGACCCCCUCGGCGUUACCCGGGGGACAAAACUACUGGGCGCGUCCUGCGUGGGCAGACAAGGGAUGUGCUCGGUACCUGCCGUACAUAAUACAGAUUCUAAUCAUUCGCUCGAUGUUCAUGAUUCAUUAAAACAUUUCAACAUUAGAAACGAGGUAAAAUUAUUCUUGAAAUGCAUUAAAAUACAUAAUAUACUAAAUGUGUUUUUACAGCAAAGCAGUUGCCAAUUUUCAUCCAUCAAUAUCGGUGCAAAGAUCAGUUCCUACAGCAAAGUGACGAUUGGCAGCGAGGAUGACCUUCAGAAAGCUGUUGCCAUGGUAAACAAAUAAAAUGUCUCAACACUAAGUAUUAUAAGACAAGAAGUCAUAACCCGGUGUUUCAUGGGUAAUAAUGUAAGCAGCGAUCUCAAACUGUGGGUCGCUACUAGAGACCGAAAGUGAUUUUCUGAUUUCGGCGAAGCCAAAAAUAGGCCGAAAGUUUAAAAUGACUUUCGGCCGAAACCGAAAAUAGGCUGAAAGUUUAAAAAUGACUUUCGGCUGACACCGAAAAAAGGCCGAAAGUUAAAAAUGACUUUCAGCCGAAACCGACAAUGAAAUAUUUAGAUAUUUUGAAAUUCGUUCCCGCAUAAAUUCUGCAUACAUCGAAAAUGAUGGGGGAAAGUAUUAAUAUUUACAUUCUUUUUAUAAAAAAUGAGAUAAUCGUGAAUAUUAAAAAAUAAACAUCUAAUAUAGGGGUCUCAAACUCGCAGACCACGAGCCAUUUGUGACACGUAAGACGAUAUUUUCCGACCCUCUACAUGACAGAAAAGUUUAGUGUUAAUGCGCCGGCGCCUUUCCCCCAAUCUCAUAUCUAUAACGUGACUCUCCGCGACGGUUUCAGUCGAAUCUCACCGACUAGUCUAACUCUGAUUUUUGUUAAUGUUUCUAUAUAUUUUUUUUUUAUUAUUAUAAUGGUAAGAACCCUAUUAAAAUCGGAAUAAAAGUUUUUAAUUUUAUAGCUUUUUAUGAGACAAACAUGGCAAAGAGUUCGGCUUUGAGAAAAGUUUUUAAAAAUAAGAUGACGGGUAAUGCACACCCAUAAUUGUGUAAAUCGUAACAAUCUGAUACAUUAUCAAAGGAUACAUAUUAAAAUUGUCGCUAGUGUUUACGAGUGAGGUAAAUUCCGAGCCUGUCAGCUUGGUCACUUCCUAAAUCUUCUUCUUAUGCCUUUUUACCCAAUCUGGGUCUCUACAUUUUUUUCGACUUCAAAACACAGACAGCCACUUUUCAGCUUUUUUGCUGACCCUCUCUCCUUUAAUGUGCAAGAUGCCCCACGCGGGGAGCUGAAUGGAAAAACAGACAAGCAUGGACAUUUAAUUGCAUUGUCCUCAAACCUUCUCUGAAAUUGUUAGGUUGUUCAAGCGGUACAUAUGUCUUUUAGGGAGUACCUAUCGGUGUGAAAAACUCUUUUCCACUACGCACUUUAACAAGUCAAAGUUCAAGACCAAACUUACUGAUGAGGAUCUUCAAGCUAUACUGAGAGUGUCAGUUGCUUCCCACACUCAAGCCAAAGUUGCUAAGCCGUGUAAAAAGAAGCGCUGUCAGAUCUCUGACAACAGUGAGUAAGUGGAAGAAAGUGAAUCCUAGAUCUUGAGAACACUUAAUGUUUUUAUUGUUAUUUAUAAAGGUUGAGCAGAUUGUAACAGUUGUAAUCGCUUUUUUGUGGAUUACUUGAUGCGGCCCACUCUCAUUCAGACCCUACCCCCUGCGCCCCCCCCCCCCCCUGAUGAUUUGAGUGUGGGACCUUUGAUCUAAUGAAUACUUUGAUAUGAUUUGAGUGUGGGGCCUUUGAUUUAAUGAAUACUUUGAAUUUUACUUUUUUAAUAUAAAAGUAAUUUAAAUUGCUUUACUUUUUUUAAAAUUAGGAUGGUAGGAGAAAAUUUGGCAAAAAUGGGGGGGGGGGGGCAAAAUUAAUGCAAAAUAGACUCUUGAGUGCCCUUUGCUUUUAUAAUAUAAUUGCAACCUAGAACAUAUACCUACAAUAAUUAUUGUGGCUCUAAUAGAGCCACCUAAAUAUAUGAUAUUAAGGCUAUAAAAGUAUAACCAGAAUGUUUCGCUGUUUUGUGUUUCAUUAAUAGCUUGCAAGAUAUCACUGUAUAAAUAAUAUUUAACCUACUAAAAACACAAUAGUCUUCCCGUGCUGGUGACGUAAUUAUUUCGUUCGGAGACCAGCCUCCCUCACCUCCAUUGGUGGCGAAAAAAAUUUUUUAACCGGGUUUAUUAAAAUUUUUGUUCUGAUCAUGGUUCUCAAAGAUCGCUUAAUUUGUUCUUAAAGGUCACUUUAUUUGUUUUUAAUGAUUGUUUAGUUUGUUCUUAAAGACCGCUUAGUUUGUUCUUAAAUAUCGGUUAGUUUGUUCAUAAGGAUCGCAUGGUUUGUUUUUAAAGAUCGUUUAGUUUGUUGUUCAUGAUCGAUGAGUUUGUUCAUAAAGAUCGCUUAAUUUUUUCUUAAAGAUCACUUAUUUUGUUGUUAAAGAUCGUUUAGUGUGAUCUUAAAGAUCGCUUAGUUUAUUGUUAAAGAUCGUUCAGUUUUUUUUUUAGUGAUCGAUUUAUUUGUUCUAAAAGAUCGGUUAGUUUAGUUAGUUUAUAAAGAUCGCUUAGUUUGAUGUUAAAGAUCGCUUAGUUUGUUGUUAAAGAUCGUUUAGUUUUUUUGUUAAUGAUCACUUCAUUUGUUCUUAAAGAUCGGUUAGUUUGUUAAUAAAGAUCGCUUAGUUUGUUCUUAAAGAUCGCUUAGUUUGUUGUUAAAGAUCACUUCGUUUUUUCUUAAAGAUCGCUUAGUUUUUUUUAAGAUCUUUUAGUUUGUUCUUAAAGAUCAUUUAGUUUGUUAAAAAAAGAUUGCUAAGUUUUUUUUCUUAAAGACGGCUUAGUUUGUCUUAUUAAAAGAUCGCUUAGUUUUUUCCUGAAGAUCGCUUAGUUUGUUCUUAAAGAACAUUGAUUUUUUCUUAAAUAUCGCUUAGUUGUUCUUAAAGAUCAUUCAGUUUGUUCUUAAAGAUCAUUUAGUUUGUUUUUAUAGAUCUUUUAGUUUGUUCUUAAAGAUCGCUUAUUUUGUUGUUGAAUAUCGCUUAUUUUUUUUUCAUAAAGAUCGCUUAGUUUGUUCUUAAAGAUAAUUGAUUUUGUUCCUUAAGAUCGAUCAGUUUGUUCUUAAAGAUCUUUUAGUUGUUCCUAAAGAACUUUUAUUUUUCUGUUAAAGAUCGCUUAGUUUAUUCUUAUACUUAUAAAUCAUUUAGUUUACUAUUAAAGAUAAUUUGUUUUGUUCUUAAAAAUCAUUUAGUUCAUUCUUAAAGAUCGCUUAGUUUGUUUUAAAGAUCGUUUAGUUUGUUCUUAAAUGUCACUUAGUUUGUUGUUAAAUAUCGUUUAGUUUGUUCUAAAAGAUCGCUUAAUUUGUUCUUAAAUGUGGCUUAGUUUGUUUUUAACUAUCGCUUUCGCUGAGUAUUAGAUGACCGAAAACCUGAGUCACUUUUGGCCGGAUGGCCGAAAGUCUAAGUCAAUUUCGGCCGAAACCGACAAAAACCUAAAUUAAACCAAAAGUUAACUUUUCAGUUUCGGCAAAAACCGAAACUUGGCCGAAAGUGAUAAAAUGGCCACUUUCGGCGCCGAAACCGAAGCCGAAGCGGAAAUUCGGUCGGUCUCUAGUCGCGACACCUUUGUGGGUCGAGCAACCCUUACACAAGGGUUGCCCUGAGAUCAUCGGAAAACAUUUAUUUAUGAAGUAUUUAGCAACGAAAAUAAUUUUAUGGUUGGGGGUCACCGCAACAUGAGGAACUGUAUAAUUUUGGGACACGGCAUUGGGACGGUUGAGAACCUCUGAUCUAAAGCGUACUGCGCUACUUUUUACUUGCUAUUUCAAAGUCAACAUAUAAAAAUCAACACAAAAAAACAUUUUUACGUACGUAACUGAAACAGGUUUUGAUGUAAUGUGUCCUUUUCUAUUCUCUUAAAAUGCAUAUUUAGGAAAUAGUAAAUCAAACCUCCUUUAUUUUUGAAGAAUCGUCUAAGUAUAGUUAUUUAAAUUUCUAAAAUGAUUGGGUUAUGAGAAUUAUUAUAUUCUAUAUCACUGAUGGCUAAUCAAACUUUUUCAAAAAAUUGUAAAAACUUGUAAGACUUUAAUUUUUUUUAAAAAUAUCUAUGUAGCAGAUUAAUUAUCUAAAAUGUAUCUGCUUGAUCGGUUGAUUCCUGUUCUGAAGAUGGAGUUGCAUUAAAUUACUGAGAUAUUCGUUAAACAAAAAUUAAUUUUAAUUUAUAUGUUGUUUGUUGCAUUGUCUGUUGAAGAAGGCAUCUUGCCGAAAUGUCCACUUAAUUUGUCUUUUCUUUUCAAGCCUAAACAUAUCUUUUUCCACUACUUAUUUACUUUACAUGCCAUUGAACGCAAUUCCUUAUGUAUUAUUUCUCAUUUUAAAUGUUACCCCACUCCGUUGACUUGUCAAAGUAAAGUUGCUAUAGGUAUAGUUUCCUUUAUAAAUGCAAAAGUUUAAAGUGAAAAAAAAAUAAGUAAAACUUAUAAAAUGUUAAAGGUACAACGGGUUCCAUUUGGAGUGGUAUUUUAAUGGAUUCGUUAACAAUGUAAAAAAGCAAGCAAUUUUAAUGAUCUAAAAAAGAGUGGCAAAACAUGAUCAGUUUUGGGUUUCUGUAUUGUUACUGAGGACUAAAAGCCCUAUGUUAUUUUAAUGAAAUAUUUAUGAAUGUAAAGGGUGUCAAAUCUCAUUUAAAUACAAUACAUUAACUCUUACAAUCACAUAAAAUCCUUUAAGUGAUUAUUUAAUGAUUAUAUUAAAUGUAAAUUAUCAUUCAUAAUGAUAAUACUUACACAUUCGGUUGCAAAUGAUUACAUAGAAGCAUAUUAUUUAUUUUAUCACGUUUAAAUUGAUUAGAUUUUCGUAAAAAUACCCCCAAAAAAUCUAUCACAUUGUUUUAAGAGCACCAUUUAUAAAUAGGGAUUUUAUAUUACGUGCCUAUACAACACAAAUGUACGCACUGUUGGGUGCACUUUUGGGGACUUUAAUUUUUCGCGCUGUUGAACAGAGCGUAACUCGGUGGCAUUGGUGCAUUUGUAUUCGUGUAUACUAGCGAUAACCCGCCCAAACAAUGACGGCCGCAUUGCGUGAACUUGACAUCUACUGAAGUUAUUUGACACGAAAUGAAUUCAAGUGACGCAUUUUAUCCACCGCCACCCACUACGCCACCGUCCCUGAACUCUAUUAAUAGAUACAGUCAACAGCAAAUUCAUUGCAUUAACAAUGUUGGAAAAAAAAUAAAUUAGGCACUCAACGCAGUUGGAGUAUUUUUAAGAAUCUCAUUUCGCUCAGUUAUAGAAAUGUUAUUUAGUGAAAUCAGCGCCAUCUGGUAGCGUUAGUGACAUUGUUACAAUGAGAAUUAUUGUCUUACGAAUUUUUUUCGUCACAAAUUUAACUGCAGGUACGUAAUGUCACUUUAAUACAUUGGCAACAGUUCAUGUGUAUUCCCUUGAAAUGUUCAUGUCUCGUGUGUAUUUAAAAAAAUGUCCAUGUCAUGUGUGUAUCUUAAGAAAUGUCAACCUUGUUUGGCAGUGCCAUAUCUAGGUCACUGUCGUUACAGCCAUCGCUCUGGUCCACAGGUUGGUCCAGUGAGUGUUGCCAUCGAUGCUACUAACCAAAGAAGCUUCCAGCUCUAUAAAGGCGGCGUGUACGACGAGCCUGCCUGCAGCACGUCCCAGUUGGACCACGCUGUCUUGGUGGUGGGCUAUGGGACAAGCGGAAAUCAAGAUUACUGGACCGUGAAAAACAGGUGGGAUGUUAAAUUAUUUAAUUAUCGAAGAAACGCUUGAUCUUACACAGUGUUGGUAUUUCAUGAGGUACGAGAAGAGGUUCUUUCUUAUUUAAAGAAUAGAAGAGCCAUUGAUUUUUUAAAGCAAUAAUAUACAUGUCAAUAUACUUUUUAAUUUCUUCUUUAAUAUUUUAAUUUUAUGAAAUAUUCUCACGUUAUUUUUCUGUGUCUUUGUCGGUGUCUUUAUCUUUGCGAUUCAAUUUAAAAAUGAAUUGUUACUUUUGUAAGGGUUAAUUAACUCUUACGGGGGGGGGGGGGGGGGUGCGCCCAGUCCAACAGUCCAUAGGGGCUGCAGACUAUUAUCAAAACUGUGGAUACGUUUAACAUGAGAAGCUUGACGUAAAAGAGAUUUAUAAACUAACAAAAUUAAAUAUUUUAUAAAAAUAUACACCUCAUUAACCUCAGGGUAUACUUCUACGAGACUAGAACCCUUGUCAUUAAACCCAGUAUCCCACGAUUAGGCUGAUCUGUGAGACGAAUUUCGCAAAGCAUUAUUUUUAAAUCCUUUAUAAUAACUUCGCCUUUGUUCAUUGCUGGCUGGCAAAAUUUUCGUACUGCUAAUCGACCCACUUUCCGUCAACCUAUCAAGCUGAAACUUGGCACAUAGACUCGUUGCCGAUGACAAAAAUUCUAUGAAAUUUUCAGCCCCACACUGCAACCCCCAAAAUUCAGUGGGGGGGGGGGGUUUGUUGUUGUUGUUGUUUUUUAAGAGAACUAGGAAGGAAAUAUGAUUUCACGAAAAAACUAAUCGACCCACUUCCCGUCAACCUAUCAAGCUGAAACUUGGCACAUAGACUCGUUGCCGAUGACAAAAAUUCUAUGAAAUUUUCAGCCCCACACUGCAACCCCCAAAAUUCAGUGGGGGGGGGGGUUUGUUGUUGUUGUUGUUUUUCAAGAGAACUAUGAAGGAAAUAUGAUUUCACGAAAAAAAAAUCUCGAUAAUAACUUCGCAGAUUUUAAUAAAAUUAUCGCAAGUGCCUUUGGUUCUUACUAUUUUCUUUUCUUUUUCUGAAAUAGUUGGUGAAACAAAUAUGCGGCGUAAAAUUGGGUGGGGCAUUGGAAUAUUAACAAAAAUUUAAAAUAUUUUUAAAUGCCUAUAAAGGAUCUAUACGAAAAUCGUUGCUUGUACGGGCUGCUUAAUUAAAUCCUUUAUAUUAACUUCGUUUUUCUUCGUGGCUGGCUGGCAAAAUCUUCAGACAGCUAAGUAACCAACUUCCAAACUAUUGAGCUGAAACUCAGCACAUAGACUCAUUGCCGAUGACAACACUCUCAAAUUUUAAGUCCCACAUUCAACCCUUGAAAAUUUUCCUGUUUUUCAAGGUGACAUGAAGGGAAAUUCCCGAUAACUGCGCUUAAUGAGAUUCUUAUUUUUCAAAUAUCGCACGUGCAUUUGAUGCGUAUAAUAUUUUCUUUUGUUUUUCUGGAAUAGUUGGUGAGGUAAAUCUGCGGUGUUAAAGCGUUUGUGUCAUUAGAAAAUUAAUAUAGUUCAAAGCGUGGAAAAAAAAUGUGCGGUUGCCAGCCUUUUGGGGGAGAGAGAGACCACUAAUUGGGAUUCUUAUAAAGUGCGUUAUUUGAAAGUCUGGUUUGUCAAAAUUGUCAGCCCCAUAAACUCGAUAUUACAUUUUAUAAAGGAUUUAUUCGAAAAAAAGAAAAAAAUGUAGGGGUUGUUUAAUGUUCGUAAGUUCAAUACCAAUGUUUACUUCCUUCGUAACAAGUAUUCACGCCUUUUUUGUCCACAGCUGGGGAACGUCCUGGGGCGAGAGUGGCUACAUCUUUAUGUCUAGAAACAAACGGAACCAGUGUGGUAUCGCCUCAGCUGCCAUCUAUCCGAUCGUUUAACUGAAAGGAACACAUAUGUUACACUGUCUUUGUCCAUUGUCUUGUUAUAACCUUAAGACUUUGUAAUUAUUCAUAAUUGUUUAAUUUGUUUGUAAACCUUCUUUUAUAUAUGUUAGUAAAAAACAAGGAAAGCUAGGAAAAGAGAGGAAGGGAGAGAGGGAAAAGGGUUUUACUUUUGUGUUGUUAACGCCCGGUUCAUUCAUCAGUUCGUUUGAGUUGAUGUGGUGGGUGUUUGUAUUUUAAAAUUAAUUUAGUUUACAGCUUAAAAACUAAGGUCUGGAUGAUAGCAGCUGUACCAUUGUUUGUGACAAAUGGGCUGUGUGAUUAGCAGCUGUACCAUUGUUUGUGACAUACGGGCUGGAUGAUAGCAGCUGUACCAUUGUUUGUGACAUAUGGGCUGGGUGAUAGCAGCUGUACCAUUGUUUGUGACAUACGAGCUGGAUGAUAGCAGCUGUACCAUUGUUUGUGACAUAUGGGCUGGGUGAUAGCAGCUGUACC